GCCUAAGAUAGUAAAAGUUAACUUUUGAUAAGUCAUCAGUGGGUGCCAGCUGCCUAUUGUCCAGAGUCGGGUGGUUUUUUUUUUCUUGGGAGAACCUUGAGCACACGCAAGACCCCGCCUUAGUGCUUUUGACCUUGCCUUGUCUACCCUGCUACCUAACUCGACCCUCCUAGACCUAUUACCUCCACUACUUACUUUCCCAUACACUGCCUACCAACCUACCAUACCAUAUCCCAUCCCACCAUUAUCUCUUGACUCUCUAGCACCAAACUUGAUUCAACACUCAUUUCGCGCGACGCCGAAGUGCCUUUUUCUCUCUCUCCCACACAACCACUACUACAUCAUUUCCCCCAAAAAGAAACUACCCGCGGCUCCUACCGUAUUCGUCUAUAUCCACAUACAUACCCAUUUUCUUUCUCGCGGCGAUUGAAAAAUUUGACGAUCAGCAAAGCAACCCACGAUAUUGCCCCUCCUUCAGUACUCCUUCAGUACAUGACCAUCCGACCAAUUUGUGAACCCUACGCGCUGCGAUAAAUCUAAACUCUCUUAGCCAUGGGUCAGACCCUUUCCGAGCCUGUCGUGGACAAGGCUUCCGACAAGGGCGAAGAUGACCGACUGUUGUACGGCGUGUCGGCUAUGCAGGGAUGGCGUAUCAGCAUGGAAGAUGCUCACUGUACCGUACUCGACCUCCUGACUCCCCAGUCGGACGAAGAGAAGAAGGUUCAUCCUUCGCGGUUAUCUUUCUUCGGUGUCUUUGAUGGGCACGGUGGAGACAAGGUCGCCCAGUUUGCGGGCAAGAAUAUAUACGAUAUUCUCAAGAAGCAAGACACAUUCAAGGCUGGCAAUUACGAGCAGUCCCUAAAGGACACCUUCCUCGCGACUGAUCGAGCAAUACUGAGCGAUCCUCAAUAUGAGGAAGAAGUAUCUGGUUGUACCGCAUGCUGUGGUUUGAUUACUAGCGAGAAGAUCUUUAUUGCGAACGCUGGCGAUUCCCGAAGUGUCUUAGGAGUGAAGGGCAGAGCUAAGCCACUUUCCUUUGACCACAAGCCGCAGAAUGAAGGCGAGAAGGCGCGAAUUACUGCCGCCGGUGGUUUUGUGGACUUCGGUCGUGUCAACGGCAACCUUGCUCUUUCCCGAGCCAUCGGAGAUUUCGAAUUCAAGAAGAGCGCCGAGCUUGCGCCCGAGCAACAGAUUGUAACCGCAUUCCCAGACGUAGUUGCGCAUGACAUUAGCGACGAUGACGAGUUCUUAGUCAUCGCAUGUGACGGUAUUUGGGAUUGUCAAUCUUCUCAAGCGGUCGUUGAGUUCGUCCGUAGAGGGAUUGCGGAGAAGCAGGAACUGGACAAGAUUUGCGAGAACAUGAUGGACAACUGCCUGGCAUCUAAUUCUGAGACUGGCGGAGUUGGCUGUGACAACAUGACCAUGGUUAUCGUGGGCUUCUUAAGAGGCAGAAGUAAGGAGGAAUGGUACGAACAGGUUGCCAGUCGUGUGGCUAAAGGCGACGGCCCUUGUGCCCCUCCCGAAUACGCUGAAUUCCGGGGACCUGGUGUGCAUCAUAAUUUCGACGAUAGUGACAGCGGAUAUGACGUUGACAUGGAGAACAAGACGAAAGCUUUUGGACUUGGUGGGUACAAGGGUCGUAUCAUCUUUCUUGGUGACGGUACUGAGGUCCUUACCGAUUCGGACGACACCGAGAUGUUUGACAAUUCCGAAGAAGACAAGGACUUGGCGAGCCAAGUGUCUAAGAGCUCGUCUGGUGAGGAUGGUGCUGAGCUGAGCCGACUACCACCCAGAGCUCCCUCGCCUCCCCCGCGAACGCCUAAGAAACAGGAAGACAAGACUCAGACGCAGAAUAGCGAAUCAACACCCAACACCACUACAUCUACCACAUCGGAGAAUCUCGCGCAGGCUUCCAAGGAGGAACCCAAAGAGGCAAAACCAGAAGUAGCUGCUGCAUCUAAGGAUUGAUUAGCGUACAACUUUAUUAGGCAGGAUACUUUCAGAGCCGCAUCAUUGGGCAUUUUUACUCCGUUCACCUGCUGAUUGUUAGGAUUCACCUUUACCCCCACCACGUCCUCUAAAUGAUUAAGGUCGUGUACGACAGAGCAACGAAGAGUUUGGUUUACUUUGGCACAUGAGGGGAUUACUGGAAGGGCAAAGGGGAGAGGGUGAGUGGUAGUGGGAUAUUCUCCCUAAUAGGGAGAUCGUCAUGGCAGAGACAUUGAGACACGCGAUACGACCAUUGGAGCCACCCCAUGUUUGCAACUUUUGUGGCGAAGGAUUUGGAAGGACCUUCUUGACGGAUUUGCACGGUGGCUCUUCCAAAACCCUCUAUAGCUGGAGAGUGUUCCGUAUGCUGUAUGAACCCCACGAGAGCUUACACAUGCAUUGUUUUGAUCUUUCUCUUUAAGAGUGCAGAAGUAGCAAGUUGACGAAAAUGCAUUAAUGCCAACCA